CCUCGAGCGCGCGGCUCGAACGUCUAUCAGAGCGGCGGUGGCUCGGACCCCGGCAGCAGGCCAUGCUCCCACCGCUGGCGCGGCUUCUCCAGAAAGCUCGCCCGGGACACCGCUUGGCUGUCCGCUCCUAGGCAGACGACAGCGACAGGUUGGUUGGCAGCGAGUGCGGACGGAGGCCCGAGGACCGAGCGGGGACCACCAUGGGGGAGGAGCCCGCCAAGAAGGGAGCGGCCACGCCCAAGAGCAGGACCAGAACAACGAAGCGGCAACCGCCGGCUGCCGACGAUGACGGCAGUCCUUCUCAAGAAGCCCCGAUUGUGAAGCGAGCACGUGGAAGGACCGCCAAGGACCAGUCUUCAUCUAAUGAGAGGACCCGUUCCAUCGCCGCAACGGCUUCCGGAAAGACGAGAAAGGCCGCUGAGGCACCGACACCCGGCGCCGAUGCGAAUGUCCCGUCCACCAGCAAGGGACCCACGUUGCACAGGGUGAGCCGGAAGACGCGCUCGAGGAGCUCCUCCCCUAGCGACGCUCACACUGCAGCGGCCAAGGCACCGAAGCGUGGGCACCGCUCGCGGAGUCGCUCCCACGGCGGCAGCAGUCAUCGCGCCAAGAGGGGCAGGAGCCGCGCGAAAUCCACGCACUCGUCCCGCAGCGGUCACGGUGGCCGCAAGCGGAAGGGCAGCCGCCGUGGAGGGUCCGCCACCACCUCGCAGAGCAGCCGCGGAACAAAGAGGAAGAGCCGCCGCCGACGCCAUUCCAAGAGCAGCACCUCUGCGGCGAGCGCGAGUACCAGGAGUGGCGGGAGACGGCGCCGCCACGUCCGUAGCACGCGUUCGUCAAGCCGCGGAGGAAAGCGGGGCAAACCGAAGAAGGCGGUGAGCAGUUCCUCGUCGAAGUCUCGUCGGGCCAAGGGGACUGCUGGCAAGGCUACCAAGAGAGGCAAGCGCAAAUAAAGAAGACCCCAGUGACCGGGAUAACAAGUGGCCCGGAUCCAGAGAAAAUCUACACUUGGCCUCAGCCUCGCCUCCCAUUCACGAUCGAGGAAUGAAAUGGGGAGAUGCCGGCCGUCAAUGAAUAAAACUUGGCCCGCGCAACAGGGCGACAAUACCAAAUAAAUUUCACUGAAGAUGCACUCUACUGUUACUGUUGCUCAAU